AGGACCCGGGACAAGGCAGGAUAACCUGGGACGGUGCAGGGGGAGCGGGACAGCCCAACGCAGCCCGGGACAGUGUAGGAGGAACCGGGAGAGCGCAGUCCAGACCGGGACAGUGUGGGAGGAACCGGGAGAGCGCAGUCCAGCCCGGGACAGUGUGGGAGGAACCGGGAGAGCGCAGUCCAGACCGGGACAGUGUAGGAGGAACCGGGAGAGCGCAGUCCAGACCGGGACAGUGUGGGAGGAACCGGGAGAGCGCAGUCCAGACCGGGACAGUGUAGGAGGAACCGGGAGAGCGCAGUCCAGACCGGGACAGUGUAGGAGGAACCGGGAGAGCGCAGUCCAGACCGGGACAGUGUGGGAGGAACCGGGAGAGCGCAGUCCAGCCCGGGACAGUGUGGGAGGAACCGGGAGAGCGCAGUCCAGACCGGGACAGUGUAGGAGGAACCGGGAGAGCGCAGUCCAGCCCGGGACAGUGUGGGAGGAACCGGGAGAGCGCAGCCCGGGACAGUGUAGGAGGAACCGGGAGAGCGCAGCCCGGGACAGUGUAGGAGGAACCGGGAGAGCGCAGCCCGGGACAGUGUAGGAGGAACCGGGAGAGCGCAGCCCGGGACAGUGUAGGAGGAACCGGGAGAGCGCAGCCCGGGACAGUGUGGGAAGAACCGGGUGAGCGCAGCCCGGGACAGUGUGGGAAGAACCGGGAGAGCGCAGUCCAGACCGGGACAGUGUGGGAGGAACCGGGAGAGCGCAGUCCAGACCGGGACAGUGUGGGAGGAACCGGGAGAGCGCAGUCCAGACCGGGACAGUGUGGGAGGAACCGGGAGAGCGCAGCCCAGACCGGGACAGUGUGGGAGGAACCGGGAGAGCGCAGUCCAGACCGGGACAGUGUAGGAGGAACCGGGAGAGCGCAGUCCAGCCCGGGACAGUGUAGGAGGAACCGGGAGAGCGCAGUCCAGCCCGGGACAGUGUAGGAGGAACCGGGAGAGCGCAGUCCAGACCGGGACAGUGUAGGAGGAACCGGGAGAGCGCAGUCCAGCCCGGGACAGUGUAGGAGGAACCGGGUGAGCGCAGCCCAUCCCGGGACCGGGCGGUAGCACCCGGGUGAGCGCAGCCCAUCCCGGGACCGGGCGGUAGCACCCGGAAGAGCGCAGCCCAUCCCGGGACCGGGCGGUAGCACCCGGAAGAGCGCAUCCCGGGACAGUGUAGGAGGAACCGGGAGAUCGCAGCCCUAUUGAGACCGGGCGGUAGGACCCGGGAGAGAGCAGACCAUUCCGGGACCGGGCGGUAGGACCCGGGAGAGCGCAGCCACAAGCUGCUCCCCAGGAAGAGAAUUGGGGAUCACUGAAGGAUAAACAAUGGCUUUGCAGAAAGGUCUCCAGAUGUGGUUUGGUGAUGCACCUUCAUGCUCGAGGAGCCCUUUGAUUCCCAGACAUGGACCAGGACUUGCAGAUGUUACCCAGUACGAUCAGUGGCUGGCAGUGCGACAUGAGGCCAGUUUGGUGCCAAUGCAGGAGGACCUGUCCAUCUGGCUAAGUGGGAUGCUUGGGAAGGAGGUCCGAGCAGAGAGCUUCAUGACCGAGUUGGAUAACGGAGUAGUGCUUUGUAAACUGAUCGCUAUUCUUCAACAGAAAGUGAAGGAAUGCGGGAAUCCAGAGUAUCAACAGCAUUUUACAAUGAGGAAAGUUCCAUGUAAAACUGAUGCUCCAUCUGGCUCCUUUUUUGCACGUGACAAUACUGCCAAUUUCCUGGCGUGGUGCAGAGCGGUUGGUGUCGACGAGACUUACCUGUUUGAAUCCGAGGGCCUAGUUUUGCACAAACAACCCCGACAGGUGUGUCUAUGUCUUCUUGAAAUCGGGCGAAUUGUGUCUCGGUAUGGUGUGGAACCUCCAGUGUUGGUAAAACUGGAGAAGGAGAUUGAACUUGAGGAAACGCUGUUGACCACUUCUGAACAGCUGAUUCCGGUAGAAAGUACAAAACCAUGUUGUCGCAACAAAGAGCUUCACCAAGCCGUGAAGACGAUUGCAGAUGAUCCCCCUUGUAAAUGCUCACACCGAUUCUCCAUUGAGUUUUUAUCUGAAGGGCGUUAUCGACUGGGAGAAAAGAUUCUUUUCAUCAGGAUGUUGCAUGGUAAACAUGUGAUGGUGCGUGUGGGAGGUGGCUGGGACACUCUUCAGGGCUUUCUUCUGAAACAUGACCCUUGUCGAGUGCUGCACUUCACUAUGCUGGAGGAGAAGAUCAUGGCGUUCGAGAAGGGCAUCUCUCAGGAUUCUACUGAAGCCCCGAACUUCCUGGCAAAAACCCCCAAGCCUCCGACUGUGAGCUUGCCAUCCCCCAUCAAGAUGGUGCAGCCCCUGGCGACGUGUCGUGGAUCUCCCCAUGUGCCACCGUGGUCCACGUCCAAGACGACCCAUGCCCACUGCAAGUGCCCCUCCUCUCCAGGGCAGCCGUCUAAAUCGGGGUCUCGCCCAGCAGCCGCUGAGGGAAGGCCUUUAUCUCGCGCGGGGCCAGACUCGUCCUCCAGGGCCCCCAAGUGCACUGUGCCCACAUCACAUCUGUCCUCGAAACAUCCACCAUCUCCGGCAAAGCAAUCCUGCCUCCCCAAACGUGUGGCACAGCUCAGGACCAAGGAGACGCAACCCUCUCCCAGACGUCACCAAGCCCCUUCAAAGGCUUCAUGUGAGCUCUUUCAAAGACCAGCGGGCAAAUUCUGCCCACCCAAUCCUGGCACCGCCUCAAAGUUGACCCCUCGCUUCCCCGUUGAGCCUGUCCUGUUUUCAGCUACCCAGCCAGCGUCCGGCUCACCGCAGUCCCCAGGGAAACGCUUGCAGCCCUCCGGCCUGACCUCUCCGUUGGCCCCCAAGAGGCCCCUCACACCGGCCAGAGGUCCCCAGGCUCCCCUCCCGAACGCCGCCCCCAUUCCCCGCCUGCUGAACUCCGCCCCGAAGGGUGCGCCCGCAGCGACCAAGGACUCGCCUCACGCCGGGAAGAUCCAGAAGGCGUCCGCAAAGGCCCCUUCUUCAUCCAGCGGGCAGAAGCUGCCUCGUGGCCCCACGCCUGCUCCCAGGACUCCGCUGGCCGUGGUCAAGCUGCCACAAUCCAAGGCGAUGACCCCGCAGUCUCCACGGGCGCAGCCGUACGCGGUCAAACCUGCUCCGAAGACGAUGAAGGGCGAGUCCAUUCUGGCGAAACAGCCACCGUCCAAUAAAAAGAGCCCAUCUGUGGUUUCGCCCGCUCCUUUGAGAAAUCUGGCUGCCAAAUGCUGAAGUGAAGAUAAUGACUUUAUCACCAGCAGAAAUAACUAAUGUAGAAAUAAUCAUAAAAUUAGCUUGGGAGGUUUGCGGUUUGGUGAUAGGGCUGGUGCUGCUUUUGUAAGUAUGUUUUUUUUUUGAAACAAGUGUGAAACGGUUGUUGUGAGUCUUCACAGACAAACCGACGCCUGGUCGGUUUCCCCAUCUCCUCCAGCCGUCCAGCUGUUUUAAUUUUGUAAUCCGCUCGUUCGGUUUUGAAUUUCUCCAACAAAGCUCAGUUUCAAUUUUCCAUCAUCCUGCAUUGACACUUUUCCCUGGGGAGUGGGUAGCUUUUUGAGAGAGCGGGAUGCUGACUGUAUCGCAUCGAAGGCCCAUUAUGCAGACUGUGCAACCUCUGUGCUGGGAUGUGUAGCAGACAGCUGGUGCAAUAUCAGCAGCUUUUGACCCCACUCCGCUGCACCCCCCCUACCCUAACCCCAUUCCGCUGC